AAAAGUAGGUCAGCUAUGUGUUGUGGGAGGGUCCUUAGUGCAAUAGGAGGAAACCCACGAUAUAAGCACACUGUUCAAGCAACACAACUGACUUAAACUAAAAGUGUUCUCGUUUUUAAUUGAGCAUAAGAACAACAUGUCAGCAGCCCUCGAAAAGCCGCAGAUCAUCGCGCACAUCCAGAAGAGUCUGAACUACACGGUGUUUGAGAGCAGAUGGAUUCCCUGCAGCGCGAAGUUUGUUUGUAUGGGAAACUUCGCCAGAGGAACCGGAGUGAUGCAGAUAUACGAGAUCCAACACGGGGAGCUGCAGCUGGUCAAAGAGAUAGAAAAGCCCAAGCCUAUCAAAUGUGGAACGUUUGGAGCCACAUCUCUCCAGCAGAGGCAUCUGGCCACAGGAGACUUCGACGGCAAUCUUAAUGUUUGGAAUCUUGAAGUGCCUGACUGCCCAGUGUACUCGGUCAAAGCACACAAGGAAAUCAUAAACGCCAUUGAUGGAGUGGGAGGAUUGGGCAUCGGUGACGGAGCUCCUGAGAUCGUGACUGGCAGUAGAGAUGGUACAGUCAAGGUGUGGGACUCCAGGCAGAAAGACACACCUGUGGUAAACAUGGAGCCGAUGGAGGGAGAAACCAAGAGAGACUGCUGGACUGUAGCUUUUGGUCACGCGUUCAACGACCAGGACCGCUGUGUGUGUGCUGGAUAUGACAAUGGUGACAUCAAGUUAUUUGAUCUUAGAAAUAUGUCGUUACGAUGGGAGACAAAUAUCAAAAAUGGGGUGUGCUCUGUUGAAUUUGACAGAAAAGACAUUAACAUGAACAAACUAGUGGCAACAUCUUUAGAGGGCAAAUUUCAUGUGUUUGACAUGAGGACCCAGCACCCCACCAAGGGCUUCGCUUCAGUGUCUGAAAAGGCUCACAAGUCUACAGUAUGGCAAGUGAGGCAUUUGCCUCAAAAUCGUGACGUCUUCAUGACGGCCGGUGGAGCGGGUAAUCUGCAUUUAUGGAAAUAUGAAUAUCCCGCCCAGAGGACUAAAAAGGGCGCAGAUGAUGUAGACAUGGGCGUCGCUGGGUCUGUGACCCUCCUGCAGAAUGUCACCCUGUCCACACAACCCAUUUCUAGUCUGGACUGGAGCCCGGACAAACAGGGUCUUUGUGUUUGCUCUUCAUUUGACCAGUCUGUACGAGUCCUUAUUGUGACCAAACUCAACACAGUCUGAGUUAACAUUAGUUAACAUUUGUACCAUUAUUCCCAAACAAAUUUGAAUAUUUGAUGACUGUUGAUAUGCCACAUGUAUGUCUUAAGUUCUUAUGUGCAAUUAUAGAGUUGUUUUUUAAAGAA